AGGUCAGGAGUACUUCCGUGACGGUCGGAGUGGCGAUCGGGCGGCGGUAGCCGCGGUGAGGGGCGGUGUCUGGACUGCGGGGCUUCCUGCAGGUGAUGUUCUAGCCAUGUCAGAUAAAGAUGCUACAGAAACCUCAGCGGUAACCGAAGCAGCCCCAAUCCUUAAAGAUGGGAACUGUGAGUCAGCCGAGAAGCCAGAGAAUAAGUCUCAGCCUGUAGCAUCCACUCGGAAAAGACCAGAGACCAAUCCUUCCAGAGACCUUGAGGCUUCCCAGAUUCCUGCUCAGGUGCCACAGGAUGCAGCCAAAGAGACUGUGUCUAAAGAUGCACCCCAGACUGGAUGGGGCUACUGGGGCAGCUGGGGCAAGUCCCUGCUCUCCUCAGCCUCAGCUACGGUAGCCACAGUAGGACAAGGUAUUUCAAAUGUCAUCGAGAAGGCAGAGACUUCUCUUGGAAUUCCUAGCCCCACUGAAAUUUCAACUGAAGUCAAGCAAGCAGCAGGAGAAACAAAUGCCAGUGAGAAUGAAAGCUCACCAGUGGCUGGGCCUUUUGGGAUGCUCUCCACCAUCUCAACAGCAGUGCAGAGCACGGGCAAGAGCGUUAUCAGUGGGGGUUUGGAUGCCUUGGAAUUCAUUGGAAAGAAGACAAUGGAUGUCAUAGCAGAAGGGGACCCUGGAUUUAAAAGAACCAAGGGCCUGAUGACCCGAUCUACACUGUCACAGGUUUUACGAGAGGUGAAGGACAAAGAAGAGCAGUCGCCCUCCAAUGAGGUAACCAUGGAAACAGACAAGAAAACUCAUUAUGGGCUACUCUUUGAUGAGUUUCAAGGCCUUUCACAUCUAGAAGCUCUGGAGAUGCUUUCCCGAGAAAGUGAAAUUAAGGUGAAAUCUAUCCUUAGUUCUCUGAGUGGAGAAGAAUUACAGACCACAAGACUUGAGCUAGAACAGCUCAAAGAAGCGUUUUCCCUUGCAGAGUUCUGUGAGGACGAGGAGGAGGAGAGACAAGGGGAUGAAGAGUUUACCAAGGAGAUAACAGAACUGUUUGCUCAGCUUCAUGUGUCAUCCAGACCAGAGAAACUUGCCAGGGCAAGAAAUACAGCCUACGAAUGGAUCAGGACAUCUCUGGCUAGGCCAGUAACAGAGAAAGAAGAAGGGGAAAAACAGUUGGAGACAGAAAAUACUGAGGAAGUCAAAAGAAGUUCAAUAGAGGAUAUCCAUGCAUUUGCAAUCCGGAGCUUAGCAGAGUUGACUGCCUGCUCAAUCGAACUGUUCCACAAAACAGCAGCGUUGGUUCUGCAUGGCCAGAAGCAGGAGGUGACCGCCUUAGAGAGGAGUCAGAUGCUCUCCCAGUUGACAGUCAUGCUGUGUAAAGACCUGGGCUCUCUGUCUAAAGAGUUCACCACCUGCCUCACCACUGCUGGGGUCAGAGAAAAGGCAGAUGUUCUUAAUCCAUUAAUCACUGCAGUGUUUCUAGAGGCCUCAAACAGUGCCUCCUACAUUCAAGAUGCCUUCCAGCUUCUCCUGCCUGUGCUACAGAUCUCUCUCAUCGAGAGCAAGACGGAGUCACCCAGGGGGGAGCCGCCAGCCCAGAACCUUCUAACAGAACACUGAAGAACCAAGAAGAGUUUGCCUGAGAUCAUAGAGAGCAAGACGGAGUCACCCAGGGGGGAGCCGCCAGCCCAGAACCUUCUCACAGAGCGCUGAAGAACCAAGAAGAGUUUGCCUGAGAUCAUGAAGGCCGAGAAAUCCAACUUUGCUCAGGGAGCCCUGUAGCCAGAGCAAGACAUUACUGAGUGCGGGCUCACAGGGGCACAGGCUCGCAGGAGCACUGGCUUACAGGGGUGCUGGGGUGUCUGCUUGUCUAUGUGGCCUAGGCACUCAGGUCCUACACUGCUCUUCCCAGUCUUAGAAGUAAUAAAUUAUUUGAAGAGACAUAUUUCAGGGAAGUCAGUGGGACAUUCUGGCAAAAAUACUGGACUUUCUUAGAAAUAUCAGAAAACACUAACAUGUUUGCCGUGGAUGUAAUUUGUAGCCAGUAGGUUGUUAACAGGAGAGAACAAAACCUUAAUUUGGUAUCCUGGGGUUUACAACAUUCUUUUCACCAUGGACUUUCUUUUUACUGGAAUAAAGUCUGUGGCUUUUACAGAACUGAGACUACAUAAGCCCCAAGUGAGAUGGUCAGACAGCAUCUUCUGCCCUUUCAUCUUGUAGAUGUUUGGCAUGGACGAGAAACUUGUAGCUACAUGUAUGAACCACAACAAAGUGCCCUUUGGCUCCAAAUGAUUCCUUUCCCAGCGAGACCCCUGCUCAAUUCGGUUCAAGACCAUGCAGUUGCAUGUCUGCAGAUGCUCGAGUCUCUUCGGGCUGCAUUGUGCACACCCUACUUGAGGCUGUAUUCAUGUAGGAUGCAUUCUUCAGUUGCCCAGUCCAGAGGGGGAGGAGGCUCUCUUGGUGAUAAGGUUUUUGUUGAGUCCUGUGAAAAUGUUUACUUACAGCAGGAUUUAGCCUCAGACAAUACAUUUCCCCUUCAUUAUUCCUUUGUUUUAAUGUAUUUGUUAGUGCACACUGAAAAAGGUUCAACAGCUAUCCUAUACUCUUAAGCCUUCUUUGCAGUUUUCAACAAUUAAAAGCUAUUUUGAUAUCCAGGCUUUUUAAAAAUGUUUCAUAACUUGUGGUUUUUUUAGUGGCUCUGGUAACUUGAGAGCCCUGCCCUUCAUCUUUGGACACCUUUAUAAUAAAAUAUGAUUAUACCUA